AUGGAGGAGGAGGAGGAUGAUGGUGGUGGUGGUGAAACCGAUGAGAAGACGACGGGAGAAGCAGAAGAUGUCGUCAGACCAGCGUCAACAGCCCUAAAUAAUACUAAUAAACUCGAGAGAAGCCCUAGAUGA